AGCGUCCAGUGCGGGCCGGCCAAACUCACUUCGUCGGUUUCGAGCAAGAGUUGUGGCCGCGAUUUUAUUCCGACUCCUCUCGAGAAAAGAGGGGCUGCCGUCGCACUCCCCUCUCGCCUCCGAGGCGGGAAUAGAAGACGACUCCAUGGCGUCUCGUGCCCUAGCGAUUCGCCGCGGAGCCGCUCCCUGCUUCUUCUCCUUCUUCUCCCCUUCUCGCCGUCUAUCUGUCGGCAGUUGCUUCGAGGCCACGGUCGCCACCGGCGAGGGGGCGACCGAGACCGGGCUCUACGGCUUCCCGGUCCUCAAGACGGCCAAGGGCUUCCGGAGGUUCGUCGACGAGGCCAUCGAGAGAUCGGGGGAGAUAGUUUCUUACAUCUCUCAGUUGCCUCCUUCGAUGGAGGUCAUCCGGGCCAUGGAUGAGAUCUCUAACACUGUUUGCUCCGUCAUCGAUUCCGCUGAAUUAUGCAGAAACACGAAUCCUGACAGGGAAUACGUGGAGGAAGCAAACAAGGCAUCGAUGAGGAUUCAUGAAUAUCUUCACUUUUUGAAUACCAAUUAUAGUUUAUAUAAUGCAGUAAUUAAAGCUGAGCUUGGAGGUAACCUCAUUACCGAAGAAGCUCAGAGGGCAGCCCAAACCUUGCGAAUUGAUUUUGAAAAAGGAGGCAUCCAUCUUUGUGCAGAAAAGCUAGAACGAGUUAAUCAGUUAAAUAUUGAGAUUGCUCUGCUCGGUAGACAGUUCAAUGAGAAUAUUAUAACUGAUCCAGGUUUUGUGGAUAUAUUUCCGGCCUCACGCAUACCAAAGCAUAUGCAACCUCAUUUCAAGCCCAUUUAUCAGCCUAUCUCUACUGCAUCAGAGGAAUCUUUGGACAGACGAGAUAAGAAAAAAGAGAAGGGUUUUCGAAUACCAACAGAUUCAAGUACUUUAUCUUCAGUAUUAAAAUGGGUAUCCGAUGCAGAGGUUAGGAAGCAGUCAUACAUAAAAGGGAACUCCACUCCACAAGCAAAUCUUGGUGUUCUAGAUAAACUUAUAAGUGCUCGUCAUGAACUUGCUGAGAUAAUGGGGUGUAAAUCUUAUGCUGAGUUUGCAAUCCGCCCAAACAUGGCAGCAUCACCAGAUGUUGUCAUGUCUUUUCUUCUUGAUUUGAGCAAAACUGUCAGAAAGAAAGCUGAUGAGGAGUUUAAGAGAAUACAGGAUUUCAAGAGGCAAUUUUGUAAUGAAAGAUCUGCAGAUUUAGAGCCAUGGGAUGAGGCUUAUUUUACAGGAAUGAUGAAAUCCUCUACAUACGACUUGGACUCCUCAGUCAUCUUAUCAUACUUUUCCUUGUCUCAAUGCCUUGAGGGCUUGAAGGUGUUGGUUGAGUCAUUGUUUGGUGCCACUUUUCAUAGAAUUCCUUUUGCCCCAGGCGAGUCAUGGCAUUCAGAUGUGAUGAAACUGUCUCUUCAUCAUCCCCAAGAGGGUGAUUUGGGGUUUCUCUAUCUUGAUCUUUACUCCAGGAAGGGUAAAUAUCCAGGUUGUGCUCAUUUUGCCAUUAGAGGAGGGUGCCGAGUAUCUGAGACAGAAUACCAACUUCCCAUUGUUGCUUUAGUCUGCAAUUUCCCAGGUUCUCCUGGAUCAUCAACAUCAAGGCUCAACCACUGGGAUGUGGAAACCCUGUUUCAUGAGUUUGGUCAUGCAGUUCAUUCCCUUCUUUCAAGAACGGAUUAUCAGCACUUCUCAGGUACUAGAGUUGUUCUGGAUCUAGCUGAAACACCGUCAAACCUUUUUGAGUACUACGCUUGGGAUUAUCGUGUUUUGAGGACAUUUGCUAGACAUGAUACGACCGGGGAAGUAAUACCAGAAAAACUGGUAGAGGCAAUGAAUGGUGCUCGAAACAUGUUUCCUGCAAUGGAGUUUCAACGACAGAUAUUCUAUUCAUUGAUGGACUUAACACUUUUUGGUGAGCAACUGGCCACACCAAGAGACACAAUUUCAGUUGUUGCCGAUUUAAAGAAACAACAUACCAGUUGGAACCAUGUGGAGGGCACACAUUGGCAUACUCGGUUUAAUCACCUUAUAAAUUAUGGUGCUGGUUAUUAUAGUUAUCUAUAUGCAAGGUGUUUCGCGGCAACCAUUUGGCAAGAGAUAUGCCGUGAGCAUCCUUUGUCCCAUUGCACAGGAUCCGCCCUUCGGACAAAAUUUCUGCAGCAUGGUGGAGCAAAGGAUCCAUCAGAUUUGUUAAAGGAACUUGUUGGCAAUAGCAUUGUUAGGAAUUGCAGUCAUGGGAUCGUCCCUGAUACUAGCAGCCUUCUUAAAGAAAUUGGCCUUUAGGUUCUGCCCAUUUCAAGCACCAUAUGAAGUUGCAAAUGGAAGCCUCGAUGUUGGCUUUCUGCUCUGUGGUGUUUCGGUGCUUUAGCUUCAGAACUCAGGCAAUGCUUGUGGUGAAGCCACUCCAGUUUCACAAGAUGGAUUUGACUUGGAGAGUUGGAUGGAUGUCAGGUGGUCGUGGAGUCAGAAAGAGCAAGAGAUAUAAUAGAUAAUGUACAAUCUUCACAGCCUCGUGAGUUUACGGGACAAUGAAUUUUUGGGGAAGAUGGCAACUGGGGAGUUCAUUUACUGCCCCUUGUAUUACUGAAAUCAUGGCAAUGCUCCUCAUUAUUCUUUAGUUCCAUGAUCUGUUGCCAGAAUUGAUGUGUUUAGUGCUCCCAUCUACCAAAAGGAGUCCUCUUGUGUUAAUUAUUCUCGCUAUUAAUGCUCUAAGAUUGUAUGUGACACCAAAAGUUCUUGUCUGAGAAUUCAGGCUAAUGAUAAUGAUUCACACCUUGAACCAGGUGGAUCAAAGUUCAUUGGUUCAAAAAACUUGUAAAACAUGAGAAGGUAAAUUUAUUAAGAUUAUUCAGCAAGUUUUGAUUAAAA